GCUUCAUCAACUUUUUGCAAAGAUCAAGUAUAUCCUAGAAUAUACAGCAAGAGAGUCGGGGUAUUAAUUACGUAUUGGUUAUAUGGCCAAAAGUGCUCCUUGCAGAAGAUUAAACACAAAACACUAAUCUCUGAAAUCAAGAACCACGCAAAAAUCCCAACUCCACCCUCACCAUCACUCAGGACACGAAAGACCAAACAGAAAAAGAAAUGCCCCUCUUCGCCUUUGGCUCAAAUGGCUCCGGCCAACUAGGCCUCGGACACAUGGAAGAUGUCUCCCUCCCAACCAAAUGCCAAUUCGAACCCCCAAUAUCAAAAAGCGGGGCAGAGGCAGAAGAAGUAAUUCGCAUCGUGGCCGGAGGGAACCACACCCUCAUUCUAUACAAGGAUGGGUCCAUCUAUGCGGCUGGGUGUGAUGAUGAUGGCAGAUGUGGAGGGGAUGGAUCCUCGAGUGAUAUGGUACUCAGGUUUAGACGGGUGACUGUGAAUGACCCCAACCACGGUGAACGGGUCAUUGAUACGUUCAGGGGUGUUUCUGCGACAUGGGAGGGGACUUUUUUGGUUGCUGAUUUGGGAGGCGAGGGAGAUAGGAUGUUUGUUUUGGGAUCUGGGGGGAAGGGGGAGUUGGGGCUUGGGGAAGGAAAGGUGAAGGUUGGUCAUGGGGAGUCUGGUCGAAUUCCAGAUUUCCCGCCUGCUGGGACAAGGAUUGUAUCGAUUGCGAGUGGGAUGGGUCAUACUGUGGUUGUUUUAUCGAAUGGGGAUGUUUAUGGAUGGGGUGGGGCGAGGAAAGGGCAAGUUGGGCGUGCGGCUCAGGAGAAGAAGAUUGCCUGGGCGCCGGUAAAGGUGGGGGAUGUGCCGUUCUACGCAACUGAUGCUGUGUGUGGGCGGGAGUUUACAAUCAUCAUGGGGGACAAGAGCGCAGGGGAAUUCGCGAUUCUAGGGUCCUCGGAUAACAAGUGGAAGAUCCAGUCUGAUACGCCUGCACCGGGUGUGUUGUUGUCAUCGGGGUACGCCAGUAUAGCUACCAGUUGGCAUGGUGUUUAUGUACAUCAGAAUGAUUCGUCUGUUGUGGCCUGGGGGCGGAAUGAUCGCGGCCAGCUUCCUCCGGCCGAUUUGCCGAAGACGAAAAAGCUAGCCGUUGGUAGUGAGCAUGCGCUUGCUCUUCUUGAUGACAAGACGGUGGUGGCGUUUGGAUGGGGUGAGCAUGGCAACUGUGGCCCAGACACUGAUGCCCAGGGGAAUGUCAAGGAGACGUACAGCCAUGUACCCUUGGCUGCUGAGGAACGAGCCGAAGUUAUCGGUAUUGGUGCAGGUUGCGCCACUAGCUGGAUCAUCACAUCAUGAGCGGAAGAAGUUGAACCGCCCUGAGUGACUAUCUUCGAAGUCAAUGCACAUGAGGACUCUGGCCAUUGCUGCAAAGGCACUAUGGAGGAACUCAAGGGCAGCAGAUACCUCAGUCGAAAAGACCAAGGCCUUGAAUCUGUGACAUGCGCUGCGUGGGUGGAAGUCCCAUAUCUUGGUCGUCAUUGUUUUGUUCGUUUCUACUACGAGACGA